GUACCUCGAUUUGACAUAAGUAAUGUCAAAGUGACAAGUUUAUUUUGGAUUUUUAAUUUUGUUGAUAGAAUUAGACGUAAUAAUUUGAAUAAAAUGCCGUCUUUGCCGCCUAUAAGAAACUUUAACUUGAAGGUUUUGUUUUUAGCGCAUUUUGUUUUCAUCGCCCUCAGUUCGAUGGGGUAUUGGAGCUCCUCGGCUUUUCUGUUUUACAAUUUCUUUCUCAUACUGUUCCUCGUUUGGAGUAUAUAUCAGCCAGACAGCGAGGAACCGAUGCAAAUGGCAAUCGUAGUUAAUGGGGUUUCCAUAUUCCUAGACAUUUUGUUGUUGGUUAUGAGUUAUCCGAGUGGUGCGGCAGCCGCACGAGAGAAAUUUUCUGCAGCCAUGUGUAUCUUACACUUAAUAAUUCGGCCUUUUAGUACUAUUGUUUUAAUUAAGAAUUUAGAGGAGAGGUCUGGCUCGGAAGGGGCGCUGUCGGGGUUGUUCGGGGGCAACCAGCAGCAGUCUAGUUACGAAGACAUCGAUAGGACCGUGCCGCGGUCGUCGUCGCAAGGGGGCUCGUACGAUUUCUCCGGCGCCCAACAAAUCUAGUAACCAAAAGUACGAAUAUUUUAUAGGCUCACUUCACUAAUAUAUUUUAUAAUACAGUAUAAGCCAUUAUUUGUAUGUAUAAAUGUAAUUACUCAUACGUUAUUUUUGUUUGUUGUUCAAUAAUAAUAUUGAUUUCUUAA